AUCAAUGCCAGAGACGUAGCCGAGGAUGGCCAGUUGCAACACCAUCGGCGCUUGCGACGUAUAAAACGUUCUGACGGACAGGCAAACAGCACGAGUCCUGUCCUAGCAGUACAAGCCAACCAACCACCAAAAUGAUGAAACUUAUUGUUGUCCUCGCCGCGCUAGUCGCCAUCUCUGCUGCCAAGCCCGCCUUGGUGAGCGCACCUUUGGUAGCGGCGGCCCCAGCGGCGGUUGUCACGGCAACCAGCUCGCAGUACUACCACCGCAUCAACAGUGGACUGGCUGCCUACGUCGCUGCUCCUGCUUCCUACGUCGCUGCUCCUGCCGCCUACGUGGCACCUGCCGCUGCGCCCUACGUAGCUGCCCCCUACGUAGCUUCUCCCUAUGUGGCUUCAGCCCCCAUCGUUGCCGUCUAAACCAACUGACCUCGCUCCGUGAUCCCCUUGUGAUAUUACGAUUUAAAGCCAAUUGUUGAUAAAUUAAAGAUGUUUUGAACAGUU